GACUUUAGAGUUGAAGCUCUGAUGGAAAAGCUCUUGUCAUUUUUUUCCUCAUUUUCUUCAUUUUCUUUUCUAAUUUAAUUUUCUCUCUCUCUCUCUCUCUGUUUAUCUAAUUUUACUAAUUAUUCUGUUUUCUUUUCUUCGCAUCUUUUAAUUUCCUAAAUAAUUAAUCUAAAGUAUCUUUCGCUCUCUCUCAAUUUACCUGUUUAGAGAAAAGUAGUCAUCAUAAUUCAUUACUUUUUCUAUGAUAUUUUUCUAUUUCUACAUCAUCACAAUUAAUAUUUAUCAUUAUUAUUCUUGUUAAAAACAGUCUCUCUCUCUCUCUCUCUCUCUAUCAGUUGAUUAUCUUCGUUGGUUUAUCUUCUUCCUCUCUCUCUCUCUUUCUCCAUCUUCCUCUCCCAUUUUCUGGUUGCUGAACAGUUCAAAUUACACAUCGUUGUUAUAUCAUUACAUUAAAAGGAAUAUUGGAAUAGGAAAACUAUUUACUUUCUACAUGGUGGAGAGAAGAUAUUUUCUCAUUUCUGGUUAACUCUCAUCUCUCUCUCUCUCUCCCAUUACCAGGAACAUUGAAGAAACAGCAAAGAAAACUCAUCAUAAUCCUAAUCCACCAUCACCACCACUGCUGUUGUUUGUUAUUAUUAUUUUUUUAAUUCUUUACCUGUGUUGAUAUUUUCGCAUCACCAUCAAAGUUUCAUAUUUUUCUCUCUCUUUCUCUCUUUCUUCAUCAUCAAUCGUUGUUGUUACCUGUUGUUAUCUGUUGUCACUCUGUUGCUUCUCAUCUACACUUCACAUAAUCUAUUUUACUCUUUUUUUUUCUCUUCUCUUCCUUUCUAUUUCUCUUUCGCUCUCUGUAUUUUUCUCUUUUCUCUUUUGUCUAUCUGUCUAUCAUCUCCACCUACUUGUCUCUAUCUAUUCUCUCCCUCUCCCUAUCCAUCAAUAUCUCCCUCGCUCUCUCUCUCACACACAACACACUCUUCCAACUUAAUCAACACAACAAUCAAUUUCUAAUUUUCCAACGCGACCAUCCAAGUUAAAGACUAUCUCUCUCUCUCUCUCCAUCACCUUCACCAAGCCUACUUACCCUGAAAUCAAUCAUGGAUAAGAUUGAUAAAGAUCAUCAGAAAAUAUGUAAAGUCUGUUCAGACAAAGCCAUGGGAUUUAAUUUUAAUGCUAUUACCUGUGAAUCUUGCAAAGCCUUUUUCCGACGUAAUGCCUACAAAAGCGAGAAAUUAAGAUGUCCAUUCAAUGGUAAUUGUAAUAUCGAUGUGAUUACCAGGCGAUUCUGUCAAAAGUGUCGCUUAGAGAAAUGUUUCCGUGUUGGUAUGAAGAAAGAAUGGAUUCUUUCCGACGAACAGAAAAAAAUGAAACGAGCCAAAAUAGAACAAAACAAAUUACGUCGACAAGCAGCCAUGGAAUCAGGUAGUGAAAAUAAUAAUGGAAAUUCAAAUAGCGGAAUUGGCUUCGAGUAUGGUAGUGUAUCUAAUCAAAUGUCCCCUGAUAAUCAAAGGACAACAAGUAUCAGUUCAAAUACAUCAAAUACCUCAACGAGGAUCUCAAUUGAUUCAUCAACCUCAGAUACACCUUUAUUUGAUGAUAAUAUUGAGACACCGGAAAGAUUUUUGGAUUAUAUUGAUAAAGAGAUUGAUUCCUUCAAGGGUAACCUGUUGUCACCUGAUUCCGAUUUUGGCGGUAGACCGACUGAUGAAGUGGUUCAAGUUCGAUCAAGUCCAAUAGCUGUUGGUGAGAUAAGUUCAUUCGGUGAUCAACCGAAACAUAAAACAGAAGUAUGGAGAUUACGGGUAAAUCGACGAAUCUUGGAGACCAAUUUUACGCCACUUUAUUUACGAAACGAUCGAAGUCAACCAAGUCACCAAUUAAAUGAAUUAGAAUCAAUGAAAUUAGAGGAACUAAUGACCGCCUUUGGAUUUAUUGAUGAACCUUUAUUCACCAAACCAUAUGAUGAAUGUCACACAGAUAUAACUGAUCUGGUCAGAUUAUCUGAUAUGUCCAUUCGUAGGAUAAUCAAAUGGUGCAAGAGGCUACAAUGUUUCCGAAAUCUUUGCAUAGAAGAUCAAGUUUCACUCCUAAAGGGAGGCUGCCUUGAGAUGAUGCUCAUGAAAGCUUCAAUCACCUUUAACCUUGAUGCCGAGAGCUGGCAGUAUAUUUUCUAUCAACAUAUAUUGCUAAUUAGUUUUAACGUUUAAAUCAAACUGUAGAUGGUGAAAUCUAACUAAUUAUAUCGGUAAUUACUUUAGUUGUAACCAUCUAAUAGAGAUUUGAUUCAAUUGUUUUAACCAGAAAAACAAAACAAAACAAACUCUGUAAACUUUUUUUUUUAUAUUCGUAACAAUCAAC